AUGUCGGGUGAAUUGGCGGCAGAGCUGAUUCGCGACCUGGCAAGAGCGAAGGACUCGUUGCCGGCGUACGACGAUACAGCUGUCCGUGAAAUUGUGGACGAAUCGAUUGCCCUGUCGAAUAAAAACAGAGAAGACAUUUCGUCGACGGCGAUGAAUCAGCUGAUUCAGGACUCGGCGGAUUUGAAUGAUGUGACCCCGAAAGAAAGGAGCACAUAUACAAAUGUCUGUCUCAGAGCUGCGGGAAUUGAGCGAAACAAGCGCUGCCUGAUCGCGUAUCACAUGAAACGUUUGGAGAAAAUCCGCGAAAUUCGCUGGCAAGGAGGCCCCGUCAUUCCAGAUCAUUUGCGCUCAAACUUGUCGGCUUCGGAAAGAACGUACUCGCACAAAUACAACCGCGCUCUUGCGAAACUGAUGCGAGGAUCGGGAGAUUUGGAUUUUACACAGAUUCAGACGCCGCCUAAAUCGCUCUAUGUCGAGGUCACUUGCGUUGAAGAUGUCGGCGAUGUGGAGCUAGAGAAUGGCGAUAGAAUUACGCUUGAGAAGAAUAGUAGAUAUUUUUUGCCUCGAGCAAAUGUAGAACCCCUAGUCCGCCAAGGCCUGCUCAAAGAAAUUCAACGCCAGGUCUGA